AUGAAGGGCUUCAUUGGUAAAGCGCACAAGCUGUUCAAUGCGGACCUCGUAGCUGGUCCCCAGCCGCCGUCUGAAAAGAGGAAUCCAAGGCCGCUAUCAGCAUCAAAACCGUCGAGCCUGAUCGCUCCGUCCUCAACAGUGGGCUUCAGCGGCAUGAACUCUCGCUCAAACCUGCUACCGUCCAUUCAAGACCCUUCGGCACUUGACAUUCUUCGCUACCGUUAUCACCACGCUACUAAUCUUGGCUCUGUUUAUGUCCUCGAGCGAUGGCUGUCGCCUUCUCGUUUUCCUCAGGACACUUCAGGAUCGAGCGAGCUGGAGGCUGUCAAAGCAUGGGUCGCAAAGAUUGGAACGGAACAAACGAAGCAAAUGUUCGAGACAUGUUGGGCAAAUGCAAUCUUGGAUGAGGACAUUGACUGGUUGAGGAAUGAAGCAAAGGGUACCACGGUUCGUCUUCCUAUAGGAUAUUGGGACCUACCAGGAGAAGAGUUCACAAGAGGUACUCCUUUCGAGCCUAUUUCGCACAUUUAUUCCAACGCCUGGAUAAGCAUUCGUGAUCUCAUCCUACGAUUACGUGCACACAACAUCGGCGUUCUGAUCGACUUUCACGCUGUUCCAGGUGGUGCAAACACUAAUGAUCACUCCGGCACCAAUAGCAACGUCGCAGAGUUCUUCACUUCGCCAUACAAUCGCAAGCUUGGUAUUCGUUGCGCUGAAUUUGUUGCUCGAGAAUCGGCUGCAGGACUUCAACUUGCUGGCAUAUCUCUGGUAAACGAGCCGAACACGGACAGCGAAACCAUUUACGAUUGGUACGAUGAGGCCACGGAUGCUGUUUCCGCCAUAGACUCCAGCCUUCCUAUUGUUAUAUCGGACGCUUGGGACCUCAAACGAGCGAUCGGAUACUCGCUAAGAAAGAAUGUCGUAAACCCUACUAAGCCAAUUAACCCCAUCGUAAUUGAUAGGCACAUGUACUGGUGCUUCAACGACGCCGACAAGAAGAAGUCCCCUCAAGACAUCAUCCAAGAAGUCUCUACUAAACUCUCCGAGCUCAAUGGAAAAGAGGGGUCCGUGACUGAUCGCGGCGCUGUACAAGUUAUCAUUGGCGAAUACUCCAACGUCCUUUCCGCCGAUACUUGGGUGAAAACAGGCGAAACGCCCAAAGCGGAACUGAUCAAGAUAUUUGGUGCGGAGCAGUCUUUACGAUACCAACAACGUGCCGGAGGCGCUUUCUUCUGGACAUGGAAGAUGGACUGGAUGCCUGGCGGCGAGUGGGGAUUUAAGGCUCAAUCGAACCCUCAAAACCGUUUCAUCUUUCCCCCUCCGCACGCAUUUAUCCCCGAGCGCAACAUCUUCGGACUACUGGAAUGCGCCCGCAACCGCAAGGAAGAACGUAUGUGGAAAGCUGUCGACCAGCAUCGCGCAUAUUACGACCACCUUGCCCCGAAUACGCUGGCUGACCACUCACGAUAUGAGCAUGGCUGGAAGAUUGGGUAUGCUGAUGCGUACGUCUUCUUCGAGGGCAAAGCAGACGAAGCCGUGGGGCCGGGCAAUAGGCUUGGCAACGUGGAGCUUUGGCUGCUCAAGAGAAUCCGUGAAAGUGGAUUCGCAGGCGGUUUUGUAUGGGAGUAUGAGCAGGGAAUACGAAGGGGUAUUCAUGACUUCAAUGCUGUUGUUGGGAUCUGA